AUGGAUCACCAAGCAAAAUCUUCUCUGAGCCGCGGCCAGGCUCCUUCAAUAAUCCGAAACCGCCGGGUCGUCGCCGUCGCAGCUUCGGCCGCUGCCGUUGGCAUGGUCAUCAAGCUUCGCGCCGACGCUAUAAAGAAGAACGAGAUGGCACAGAAGAACUCGGCAGUUCCGAAUUUCUACGUCAGCGUCGAGCGGAGCGGCGGCGGCAUCUGA